ACUUUGCCUUACGAAAUCGGAAUUAUUCGUCAGUUCCCGUUCAGUUCCACUCUGCAGCGCAUGUCAGUCAUCGCACGUGCCCUGAACGGCACGCACUUCAGCGUCUACACAAAGGGCUCUCCUGAGAUGAUCGAAACGCUCUGUCGCAAGGAAACACUGCCACGAGAUUUCCACAAGGUGCUACUGGACUACACCCGCGAGGGCUACCGUGUGAUCGCAUUGGCCUGGAGACCUCUCCGAGUUGCCUACACCGGUGUAAUGCGAAUGGAUAGGAGUCAGGUUGAACGGCAGCUACACUUUUUGGGUCUUCUCGUCAUGGAGAAUCGACUAAAGCCCGAGAGCACACCAGUAAUCAAUGUGCUCCGAGACGCCCUAAUUCGGCCUGUCAUGGUAACAGGUGCGCGAAUCAUCAUUGUGUCGGCCAAGCCACCCAAAAACCCGAGGCGGAGGAACAGCACUGGGGGGCCCAGCGAUGCGACAGACGCGGGCUUCGUGGUCGUUAACAAUGAUGGGACCGCAGACUUUGGUGACCUCCGCGAGGAGGAUAUUGAUUCUUGGAAGGACCUAGUGCAAUUUCACUACGCAGAGGACCUUCAUCGUCCGGUUACUGAAGUCACAACCGCUCCCCACAUUCGCGCCGGCCGAAGUGGUGGGCAUAUGGAUAACGUGAACACCCAGCAAGAAGAUAAUAAAAGACGCGGUCUGGCUAGGUGGAUUCCAUUCCUACAUCGAAGACUGGAAGCAAAAUAUUCCAACGUCACAGCCGACGUCGAGGCCCAACCCGAGACCGCCAGGGCUUCACAAAGACCAGAGGGUGAUCAGGGACCCAGCCAGCAAAAGCGAAGGGGUCCUCCUACCAACGCGCUGACUAUUCGUAUGGUUGACCGACCAGACUUUCAUCUUGCUUUAUCCGGCAAAACCUGGGCUAUUAUCAAGGAGCACUGUCCUUGGCUGAUUCCAAAGGUACUUUUCAAAAACAUUUUCCAAGAGUGUACCUACAAUCGGGAACUCGGAGAUAGCCUGUUGGCUCCCAGCAGUAUCCUAACCGGUGGCUCUUCUGCCAAAAAACUAUUGAUAUCGAUCUCUUAUCAAAUUUAA